GAUUCAAGAGAAAGAGACAUGGGCAAAAAAAACGAGAAAUAUGUUUUAAAUCAAAAUGGCUGAUUUUGACGUGAACGCAUCAAGCUAUUGAAGAAGUCACUUAAAAAAGCGAAACAGUUCUUUUGUAUAAAAAAUUUUCUGUGUUUUUCUGUUGAUUAUUUUCGGUUCAAUUGCAACUAAAGACUAAAAUUAUAAACUAAACACUGUAUGCAAUUGCCAUCGAGUGAAUAUUCAAAAAAACUCAACGAAAUUUGAAAAGAAAAAAAGAAAUUUUUUUUUGUUUCUCUUUCAAUCAACAUCGUGUGUUACACACAGAACGUUUUUUUUAGAUUAAUUUAUAGUUAUUGUAACCUAUUGCAUACAAACACGAGAUAUAGGAGAGAAAACAUAGAGUAUUUCGACUGAAGGAAUGAAGUGUAAAACGUGAAUUGCAAAGCAAAACGAGUUAGAGAAAAUAAUAUAAACGAAAAGAAAAGAAGAAGUAAAAAAAAGAGUUUAGAAGGGCGAAUGUGAAUAAAUUUGACACGAUAUUGAAGUGAUAUGUACACAUACACAUACCGAUUCCAGUGGAAAAAUAUCGACAAACUGCUGAAAUAUCACCACGAAGAAGCAGAAAAAACAAACAAAAAAAAUAAGAGAGAAACAAAACUGCGACAAAAAAAAGAAAUUUUAUUAUAUGUAUAUACAUCAAAAUCCUGAUUAUCUGCUGCUGUGUAAACCAAAUCAACCAAAUAAUAAGACCGCAUCAAAAAAACAACAACAACAACACACAUAACAUUGUGUAUUUAACAUAGUAAAUGUAAAGGAAAAAAACAAGAAAAUUUCAAACAUACAGAAUAAUAAUAUUACGAUUAUUUAAUAAGAGCUGAUUGAUUGAAACAAAAGAGAGAAAAAAGAACAACAACAAUAAUUAAAUACGUAACGACACAAGAAGGCAUCAAGUUCUAAGUGCUAACUAGAAAGAAAAAAAUUGGGUAAAGCCUUCGAAAAGGAAGCGAGUAGUGCAACGUUAAACAGAAAAAAAAGAGAAGUGAAUUGAUCAAUUCGAAUCGGUUGCAGACGAGAUAAACAGUAAUCAAAACGGUGCUAUUUAAAUAAACAAAUCGAUUAUACAUUAAAUUAUAACCUAAGGACAUACAGAGGAUCAUCAGUGUUAACAUAUUCAAAUAUUUUGAAUUUUUUUCACACAAACACACAUAUUCGACUUUGUUCCAUGACUGCGAAUCCGAAAGCCAUUUAGCGAGAAGCGGUUCCAAAUUUGCCGAUAGAGAAUCCAAAGCGAGAAUUGUCUCGUUAUCGAAAUUUUCUUUCUCUUUCUAUCGCUCUCUUUCAUCACGGUUCAAAUCGAGUCGUCUUCGUUGUUGACACACAUUUCCAACAGGAGACAAGCAUAAAAACCAGCAAACAAGAAACGAAAAGUAAACGACCGAUCAACAACACACAACCCGAAAAAAAGAAGAAGCAGAGAAGAAAAAAAACCCGGCAGCUCAUCAGACAAUGAACAGACGAAGCACGAGCGACACCAAUACUAGCCGACACGUGAACAUUAUCGGAUUAGCUCGACAAAGACAAAUCUAAAACACAUCCUAAUGGCAUUUUCGGACGCAUUAAGAGUUCGACCGUUCAACAAGUAACACCACCAUUCGCGCAAGCGUCGAACCGUCAACAAUUCCAGUGUGUAUAAUUUGAACUUGAACAUAACGAAAAAAGAAACAUCAGAAAACCGACAAGAAAGAAGAAGUGCAGUUUUGACUGAUAAGCAAAAAAAAAAAUCCAGUCGGGAAAAAAUUGUGUUUCGUCGAAAGAAGAAUCGUAUUUUCGUUCGGUCGUUCGUUUUCUCACUCUCGUUACGAUAAGAAAACCAUAGCAAAAACAAACACACACAAAUUAAAAGAAGAUAAAGCAAAACAACACACAUUCACACACACUCGCACAUUUGUUUUACAUUGUGUGUGUGGAGUUUACGAACUUUCCCCUUUGUGACCAAUUGUUUUUACCUGUUCUCUUUUAUUUUAUUUUUUUAUCUCUCGCUCACUCUUCAUUACUACUCUCUUUUUUUCUGCUCAUUUUUGGGUUCGACGAACAAUAACACAUUCGAAUUUGUUAAUUUCGGAAGAAAAAAUACGACACAAACGCGACAUAUAUAAUAUAUAUACCAAAUAAAGAAGUAACAACAAAAAAUUGAAAGUAAUUUAAAAUAAACGAAAGUGUCCAGUUGAAAAAAAAAAUAGAGAAAAAUGCUGAAAAUUCAAGUGCGAAAUAAAUAACGAAUGAAAAAAUAGUGUUUUAGAGAGGAGCAACAAAAAAAGAGAGAAAAAAAAACAUUUACAAAUUAGCCGGUAAAUAAGAACAUAGAUAAUAUGUAGUGAAAACAAAUUGAAAUCGAUCGGAAAAUCGCAAACCAAUUUCGCAAAAACGAAGAACAAGUGAAGCAAAUCAAUCAAGCAUAUUGAAGAGCAUCUUUUAUCCCGACUUGAACUAAAAGCGGGAAUAAAAACACACACACACACAUCUAUAUAUAUAUAUAUACAACAAGAAGAACAACGUCGUUUUAGUUAUUUAGUUUUGAAGUCUUGUUGAUUACCGAAAUGUCAAGAUAUUCACAUACGAAUUACGGCGUGCCGCCGAACACACAUCCCCCGCAUGCCGGUGCAAAUAGUUCAAAUGUUAUCAAUCGACAAACAGCAAACACAAAUAAAUACGAAAAAGCGCCACCACAAACGAAUUCGAAUAAAUAUGAGCCACAAAACCAACCCCAAAUUGCACUAACUACCGUUUCGUCACAGCAACAGCAACAACAACAGUUGCAACAGCAGCAGAAAAAUAAAUUAGUUAGUACGGAUUUUGCGAUACAAGUUCCGCAAGGAUCACAUCAUGGUGGUGUUACAAUAUCUCAUAAUAGUUUUCGUAUGCCUCAUGCCAAUAGUAACUAUCAUGUGACGCAGCCAAGUGUGAACUAUUCACAAAGCGUGCCACCGCAACCACCCACUGCACAUCAAACUUCGGAUCGACAAUCUGUUUGUCAAAUAGGGCAACAGCAACAAACACAGCAAACAUCGCAACAGUCUCAAGAUCACAAAAUGCAGCAACAACAACCCACACCGCCACAGUACCAUUCGAACCAUCCAUAUCAGAUGGCACGUGGUCAAGGACAACGUAUGUCAGGAGCGCCCUCAACGCGGAUAAACAACAUGGUUGUUAAUCGUCAGCAGCAACAAAACCAGGCAAUGGCUCAAACACAUCAACCUGGUGUAGCUCCCUCAACAGGGAUGGUGUACCUACAUUCAGUUCCUUUGCAAUAUGCUAGUAAUCAAUAUUUUUACCAGAACAAACACGCGAGCGUUCAAACGACUGGAUUUUAUCCAGGGCAUCAAUAUUUCGUGCCAUCAAUGCAACAGAUGCCACCAAGAACUGGUGCCGCAACUCAACAACACUUACCUUCGAUAAAUGCAGGUGUUAGUGGGGCAGCGAGUUCACAAAAUAUAUCACAUCAACAAGCUCCACAUCAAUUAAGUCAAGCGCUUCAUAUGCCGGGAGUAUUGGGGAGUACCCAAUAUGUACCAUCAAUGGCGCGUCCGCAUCAGGUAAAACCUAAUGUUUCUUUAUCUCGUCAGACGAAUGAAGCUCCUCCAGCGAAGAAAUUUUCAAAACGUUUACAAAUCGUUAAUCCGGAUACAAAGGAAGAAGUAAUUAUAGAUAGACCUUCCACACAGAAUAGCUCCGGUUCGGCAGCAUUAAAAAUCGAAGCACCGCCUUCUUCACAAGGCCCGAAUCAAUCACAACAACAAAACCAGAAAUCGUCAAAUGAACCGUCAUGUGAUACAUCAAAUGAACCGGAACAAUCAACAAGUGAACAUUCGAAUGUUGAGGUUCCGAUGGAGGCGAGUAGUACAGAAGAACCGCCGCAUACACCAGUUGUUUCAGCCAUUGCUGACGUUCCGUCGGUUGAUAUAAUGCCAAAACAGUCGAAAAAUGUCAAACGAACUAACAAGUCAUCUGAAUGGCCGACGCCAUCAGCCGAAAAAACAAAUACAGAUAGCUCUACGUGUGAUAAUUACUCAAAAGUAGCAUCGUUAGGCAGUACCACAAGUUCCAGUAGCAAUGAAUGGGUGAAAAAUAACCAGGCCGCACCAAAGGUGUCCAAUGAAAGUGAACACAAAGAUUCGCAACAAAAGCAUAAUCCGAAAUCUAAGCAUUCGGCGCCCAACCACAACGUCGCCCAGCAGUCGAAUAAAGGCAAAUCUGUAGCUGCUCCACAAACAGAUCCGCCAACGAAUAUGGUGGCCAAUGUGCAACAGCCAGCGCCAGCUAAAGAACAACCACAAACGGAAUCUAAACCAGUUGUACCGGUAGCCGUACAACAACCACAACCACAACCACAACAACAACAACAACAACAGCAGCAGCAACAACAAGAACAGACGAAAGUGGACAAAGUAGAAAAAACAAAGCAACUGCAACAGCCACAACCGGCCGAUAAAGUGCAUUCGGAGGAAAGUGUAACGAAAGGCAAUAAGGAAAAGGCCACCGACAGCACCAUGAACAAUAGCAGCAGUAGCAGCAACGUUAGCGUACCAAUGGAAGUAACCGAAGUGGAUUCAACAAAAACAAAGACCACCACCAACACUACCACUACCACCACCACCACCACCACGACCAAUACAUCAAUUGAUGAGACUGAUAAAUUAAUCAAACCCCUCGAUUCGAUGUCCAUAAGUAAUAAAGAAACGAACGCAGAAAAGAAUGAUAAAUUAGAUGCUAAAUCAGUGGAAUUCAAUAACAAUAGUCAAAAGGCGGUCGCCGCCGCAAAAGCUGAUAACGCGCCCGCACGUAAUGUUGAGCUCACGAAGCCAACGGAAAUAAGUGCGGCGGUUGAACAACAACAACCGCAACAGCAACAGCAGCAAACGCCAGUGUCCGCACCAGGCCCACAAGUACGUAUUGCAACGCCUAACCUAGAAUCGCAGACUGAUCUUAGAAGUUCAGAGAACGAUUUGAGAGCUUCCGAGAAAUUGGAUACAACCGGGACAGCCCCAGCUACCAAUAAUGACGGCUUAGUCGAAACGAUAAUAAACAAUAAUUUAACCAAUACAUCUAGCGCAAACAAUAAUAACCAAUUGAAUAACAAUGCCGUUGACAAAGAUUCCGAUAAUAACGUCGUGAACAGUGCAACGGAGACGACAACGACCGAAACGCCAGCACCACAAGAACAACCAACACAACAAGCGCCACAGCAACCAGCCGCCACCGCCAUCGCCGCCCAACAACAACAACAAGUGGCGGUGUCGAAGCAAACGAAAUUGGUGUUGAACUACGAAGAGGGUCAAUGGUCACCCGAAAAUACCGACGGUAAAAAGUGCUACAAUCGCAACCAAAUUAUGCUAUUGCGUGAAGCCGAUGCAUCGCAGUCAUUACCACAAAUCCAGGAUAAUUUCUCACUCAUUCGCAAGAAUCCCCCAUCGAAUGUUAACAAUAACAACAACAAAAAUCAAUCGUCUUCAUCAAAUAAUCGCAAUCAAUAUGGCAAACGGCCGUCAACGCAAGGCGGAGCUGGUGGCAAUCAGCAAAUGUCACAAGGUGGCGGCAAAGGCAGCAAAUCGGGUAUGAUUCACGUGAGUUUGUCACUGCGCGAAGAUGUUAAGCUAAAUGAAUCGGCCAAUGCAUGGAAGCCAACAUUUUUGGGCGCUAAAGAGGUUGGCCCAACCGAUCCAAACAACAUUGAUGCACUGUGCAAACGUGUGCGCGGUAUUUUGAAUAAAUUGACACCGGAAAAAUUCGAACCACUGUUGGACCAAUUGCAAGCGCUUAACAUUGAUAACAACGAAAAAUUGUCGGCUGUCAUUUCGCUGGUGUUCGAAAAAGCGAUCGAUGAGCCAAACUUUUCACAGGCAUACGCACAGUUGUGCCAAAAAUUGUCCAAACCAAUGGAAGAAAAGGAAGAGAAUGAACGGAGAUUGGACGAAAAAAGCAAUAAAGACACGAAAACGGCUGUGUUCAAAAAGGAAUUGCUGAACAAAUGUCAAACCGAAUUCAAUACGCAUGUGGCCAAUGAGAAUGCGAUACGUGAAAAGCUCCAGCCAAUGCACAUCGAACUCAACGAAACAAACGAUCAAAAUCGUAAGUUCGAAUUGACCAUGCAAUUGGAAGAGGAAGAGCGUAAAUUGCGUCGCCGUUCCGUUGGCACGGUCCGGUUCAUUGGUGAAUUGUAUCGACAAAAUAUGUUGCUCACCAGCAUCAUGGAAUGGUGUGUGAUGGUUUUGCUGAACAUUCGUACCGAAGAGAAACUCGAAUGCUUGUGUAAAUUGCUGACAACCGUCGGCCAAAAAAUGGAGCAUAAAACAGGCGACGAAGAAUAUGACAAAAAAUACUAUCGAGAUCUGACGCCACACUUCCACACUAUGCAACAAAUUGCAUCGGAUAAGAAACAAUCGAAAAUCAGCAGCAGAGUACGCUUCAUGUUAAUGGAUGUCAUUGAAUUGCGAAAAAAUAAAUGGGUGCCACGUCGUUCUGACUCGAAUCCAAAGAAAAUGGGUCAAAUCCAAAAGGAAGUUAUGGAUGAGCACUACAAAACGCAAAUCCAAAUACUUGCCAAUAUGCCAAACUCUGGUGGAAUGGGUAAUAGUAAUAUGAGAAAAGAUAACCGUGAGCGCAAUGAUCGCGGCAGCAUGCCACGUGGUGGCAGCAUGUCAGGCAGUGGAUACAAUAAUAGCAACAAGCUUGGUCGAGGUGGCAAUUUCCAAGAUAAUGACGGAUGGAUUCAAACGGGUGGCAACAAACGUGGUGGCAACAAUAGCAGUCAACAAUUUGAUCCAUCGAAAUUCAGGGCAACAUCUAACAUAGAAGAUAUUAAAAACACUGCAUUGGGCACACCAAAGCAAUUCCAAUGGAAAUUCAAUACACAACCACAGGCAACGACCAGCCUUACAAAUAGUUUUUCAGCGCUUGAAUCCGAUACCUACAAACCAUUAUCCGGUAACCGUUCAAAAGAGCCAUACCAUUCGAAGGGAUCAAUGGAACGUGAACGAGAUGGCCCACACUCGAGAAGCGGUUCACAGCAUGGUUCACGUGAUAACUCAGCAGCUAGAAAUUCCUCCUAUUCCUCACGUAGCUUACAACAAAUGCGUCCACCACAGAUGCAAUACAACACAUUGCCAUCGAAUUCAACUUCGUCAUCGUCGUCAUCGCAAAGGGGUAUUCGUAGUGAUAAUAAAUUGAACCAUCAAUCGUUAUCGUCAUCGACAACAUCGUUAUCAACAAGCAAUUUACCGUCGUCUUCGUCACUAACGCCGUCAUCGUCAGAUCCGAAAUUAUCCGAUAAAAUUAGCGAACAAACCGAAAAAGUGAUCCAAUCAACGCUAAAAAAUCUGCUAACUAAAGUUCAAAAGAAUCAAAUCUGCGACUAUAGCCAAUUAGACGAAGCACCACAAUUAGAUAAAAUUAAUCGAAUUGAUCGAUGGGCGCUCGUACGCGAUCUACACAACAGCGCCGUGGAUAUAUCCGGUUUGACAGAGGAGAAGCGCUGCUUUAUCGGCACCAUUUGUACCUAUUGGCUGAAAAAUAACCAAAUUACGAAGCAAGAUUAUGUAAAAGGCUUAAGCGAAUAUAUUACAAUGUUAGCCGAUAUUGUGAUCGAUGUGCCGAAAAUCUACGAAUGGACUGCUCAAAUGAUAUCUACGGCAUUUUUCAACAACCUCAUCACAUUGAAUGACUUGAAAAACACGGUCGAAGAAUCGAGGGCAAAGAUUUUGGGAUGCUUAUUACCAUUCUUGGCAUACGAAUAUGGGUCACAAUAUGUACGUGAUCUGUGGAAACGAUCCGAUUGUAAAUGGGAACAGUUUGUUGUUGAUGGCAGUGUUGACAAAUUUGUGGAACAAUAUAAAUUGAACUUUGUGGAAAAUCCAAGGGAAACGCUGCCUCCAGCUAGUAAUAAAAUACCAAAUGACCGAUUUAGACAAAGAAUCUAUCAAUUGGUUCGCAAAGAUGAUUUUUCAGAAAAAGAAGUUGAUGAAUAUAUUAAGAUUCAUGUGCCUACAAUUAAUAAACAAAGUAUACGUUUAUUAACACGAACAUUGAUCCAAGCCGCGUGUAAUAGUACGAAAGCUGGACAUAAUUUGGAGGAUAAAAUUCUCCCACGAAGCAUAGACAUUUUGAAAGGAUACAUUGGAGGUGAACAAAAGCAGGACUUACAGUUGGAAUCGUUGUACGCCAUUCAGUUGCUGAGCAAUGAAUUGGAGCAUCCAUCAGGUUUCUUGCAUAAAGUGUUUUCCAAACUAUUUGAUGAUGAAGUGGUUCCAUCGAACGUUUUCAAACAAUGGGAAACAUCAAGCAAUGAACCAAUGGGCAAAGGAGUUGCAGUUAAGAAUUUAACCCAGUUCCUUAAGUAUGUUGAUGAUGAUUCGUUCGAUUCGGAAGAAGACGGAAAAUAGACAUCGCUGGUUAAUUAAUUUAAUGAAGAAGAAAAAGAAAAAAAGAAUUAAGAAGAAAAAAAAAAGUUGUAAUAAAUAAACUUCUAAUUAUAUGCAUAUAAAAUUAGAUAUUUUUGAAAGUAAUCUUUAAAAAGUAAAUCUGAAGAUAAAUAAAGAAGAAAAAAA